CAUCUUUCAUUCAUUCAUUGUCUUGGCGUCCCUUUCAGUAUUCCGUACCACCCGGAAUAAUUUAUAUUCGACAUAAUUGUAUUUAAUUAUAAAUACGGACUAUUGUAGUGUUUAUAUUAAGUGAAUUGUGAAAAUGGCGGACGCAAAAUUUGAUAAAAACGGUUACAACAGUGGUGAUUUUAAACGCAACCCAAAUUCCGGUUCUCAAAACGAUCUCGACCAAGAUGGCGAAGACGGAUCCAAAUUAAAUGAAAAAGCCGGCGAAUACAUGAGAGAAUUGCUUAGCGAGAAAAUCAAAUUGCACACACAAAAAUUUCCACUUUCCAUUAAGCUAAUUGAUCAAGAGGUCACCCGAGUACAGACUUCAGGUCGUGCUCCCGUGAAGGACUUCAAAUAUGUUGAUGUAUACAAUGAGAAACCAGUCAAAGUCACUGUUAAAGUUCUGGUGCCUGUUAAAGAGCACCCAAAGUUCAAUUUUGUGGGGAAACUGCUUGGUCCUAAAGGAAACACCAUGAAGCAAAUGCAAGAUGAGACCAUGUGCAAAAUGGCUGUUCUAGGACGUGGAUCAAUGAGAGAUAGACAAAAGGAAGAAGAGUUACGCAACUCCUUGGACCCCAAAUACUCACACCUGUCGGACGAGCUGCAUGUGGAGAUAUCGGCACUGGCGCCUCCUGCUGAAGCGCACGCCCGGAUCGCCUACGCCCUUGCUGAGGUCAAGAAACAUCUGUCGCCGGACACCAAUGAUAUGAUCCGGCAGAAUCAGAUGCGUGAUAUCAUGGACAGAGAUAUGGGACCGCCGCGGCCGCACCCGAAGCCUGGUCCCGGCGUCCAGUACAAUACAUACGCCGUCACAAAACGAGCCUUGUCGUACCAAGACCCCGUGAAUGAUCACGAUGUGAUACCACAUAAAAAACAAGUGCCUGUUCCCCGUCCAGGUCCUAGGCCGGGCCCAGCCGGCCCCCACGGGCGGCCGCCGCGCAUGCAACCGCCGCCACCACUAGCGCGGCCCAUGCCCGCCAAGAACAAGGUGAUCAGCAUCCUGGACCGCGCCCGCUCCGCCAUGGAGUCCAAUUACAGCUACGACGACCCCUACGGACCCGCGGAGCCGCCGGUACGCGGCCCGGGUCCUCGCGCGGCUCCCGAGCCCGACUUCUACUACGAGCGCAGCCACGAGCGGUACUACGAGGACGACCCGUAUUACAAGGACGACUCGCGCGAGUUCAAGACGUCGGCGCGCGACGUGGGCACGCGGCGGCCCGGCCCGCAGCACCCGCAGCACCCGCAGCAGCCGCGCCACUACGCGCGCGCCUCGCCCUACGCCCGCCCGCCCAAGACCGCAACGAAAAAGCGUUCGCAGUAGGUGAGUAUCAUUCAAUCUCGAAAAACUAAAAUUCUACAAACAAACCUGAAGAGAAAAUAAAACAUCUAAAAUAUGAAGAGCUCACCAAAUGAUAUAAAUAAAAAUAGAAGUACAUCACUGUAGGUUUACUAAAAACAACAUAAUUAUAAUAUUCUCAUGAAAUGGACCAAAAUCUUAACAAUUGUGUCCCAGAUGUAAUUGGUAUGGCGCAUACCGAAAUAAAGAUCGAGACAAAAACAAUAAAAAAUCAUUCUCCUUUUAUAUUAAAUGUAUUUUUAAAGUCUUUUUUUAUUUAUCAAAUGUCUUAAAUAUAUGUAGAGGUUGCACAUAAAGACCAUUUUAUGCAUGCAUUGGAUUAGAUAUUUGCAAAAUAUUGACGUUAAUCUCGAUUUGCGCGUGCGCAUUCCGUGACUAAUAAUUAAUAUAAAAAAAAGUAUACAUGUAGUUUUUAAUGAACAAAAUACUUUUUUAUUUCACUUAAAAAAUUAAACAUAAGUUAGUGGUCAUGUUUAUUCAAAUAGUCUUAGGGUAAAAAUUAUUAUUUCAACAUGUUUUGAUUAAAAAAUAAAACUCAAGUGAUGACACAAAAUAUGAAUAAAAAUAUUUAAAAUGUGGCUUCCUUCAAGCAGUUAAAUAUGUUAAAACAUGUUGAACAUAUGACAAAAAUAUUGUACUGCAAGUUUGUGUGACUUUGAAAUAAAUAAACCUAACUAUAAAAAAAAA